AUGUAUCUCGCUCUCCGUCUGCACUACAGCCUUGCUGCAAGCUUUACCGAGGCUUGCCCUGCCUUUGGAGCAGGCGACCCUCACAAGAAUAACCAUCGCACCGUUUCCGCAUCCACAACCGAGGUUCACUCUAUUGGGCGCAAAACGGACAACACUCGAAGAAAGAGGCGUCGCGCCACCGCCGCGUCCACCCCGGCUCCAGUGAAGGGCAAAUUGAGCCAUGAAAUCGUCGCUCCUGCACGGAACACGAGUUCUAAUGAAGUUCUUAAGGUUAGCAGCGCUCAGAUACAGUCAUUCGUGCGCUAUCGCAUGAAACGUUUUGGAUGGACUUGGGAUGAAGUCGCAGAGAAGGCCGUCGAAGCGUAUGGCAGUCUCGAGCGUGCUGUGUGGAUGCUUAACAUGGAGGACGCGGCUGCCAUGGAGGCAUACAAGAAGGCGAAUCCGGACGGGGCGCAACGUAACGUUAUUGGUGGCAAACCCAAGCCUAGAGAACAGGUGAUUUCCUCUCGACUAGGACCUAACCUUUCGAUCCGAGUCUGGGGUGGCGACCUGGCAUCCAUCCAAUACUACUCCUUCGACUUUGUGAAUGAUCAAGGCCAGCAUAUUCGUACGCCCGAGGGCAUAGAAAUGUUCACCAUGCCAAGUGCAACCAGCCUUUCAUUUCGCGUUAUGUCCAUCGAAGCGUCGACAUCAUCAACGUCCAGGCGUCAAUCUGACGCAGAAGUGCUCCACGACGCAGGUGGCCUCCCCGGGUAUAUGAACCUCAUAAAUCAGGGCAGUGUGGAGGAUAAGUAUGACCCUACUUGGGGGACUUACAUUGUGCAGCAAGGCACUGCCCUCCGCAUCGUGCAACCUGGUCAUGAGGAUCGCUUUCUUACGAUUCCUACAAGAGCCAUGAAUCCUGCCAACAUCUUGGUCCUCGAGCCUUGGCGACCGGCACAACAGUGA